GGGGGAGGCUGGCUGGCUGGCUAGCUAGCUAGCUGUUGAGCACCUAGGUGAAUAAUGGGUGAGUGGGUGAAUGAGGGGGUAAUUAUUUGACGGUUAACUAUGUAGGUGCUAUCGACGGCAGGAUUCGAGCCAAUCUACAUAAAUACAAUAGGAUGAGGGUUUUCUGUGCCUCAAUUUAUCGGCGGAGCGGAGGCGCGACGUGCUCCGUUGAGGUGGGCGACGAAGGUAGUAUGUAGAGGCGAGCGAAGGGGCAAUGGAAAUGAAGCAUUGGCAUUGGCACUGGCAUGCCCGUCACCAAAAAGAAAGCAUGCAAGCAAACAAGCAAGCACUGUACACGCUCUGCUCUCUCACUCCCACACACACAGUCCACUCACUCCUCACAACUCACUGCCCUCAACGCAAUGCCCGUCUCCCAACCCCUAACCCUUCCAAAAGAAAAAAAGCUUUGCCUAGCCAUGCCAGAAUGCCCAAGCCCACAACCCAAAACCCACCGUCCCUCGCACCCAAACACCCAGGGCACUCAGGGCGCGCACAACUCACACUUCACACCAUCACACCCUCACCCCAAAACCCACAAAGAUCUCGGGCCUGAGAGGAUUCGCCGGCCUAUGCCGAGAUCGCGGCUAGUUGGCUAGUUU